AUGCCAAUCAGAAAACCAUCCACAGCUAUUUCCAUGGAACCAUCAUCUGAAUCCCCAACACGAUCAAAGUCGCAUCAUACAAAAAACCCAAGUUACAGCUCCAGUUGUAGCAUAUCCUCAAGAUCUUUAAGUACUUCUGAUGCUUCUAUUUGUUCCUUCGAUUCGAAAAGGUUGGAAAUUAUGAAAACUCAAACGAUAGAAUGGACUUACGAACCUGCUUCAAAUUUCAGCGAGACGGAGAAAAUCGAAAAUAAUCCGAAUACAUAUCAUACCUGGGAAGGGAUAGGUUUGGAUAAGACCUAUAUUGUGAAUUUCGAAAGUGGUAUUAUUUCGCCAAAGAAAGAAAGAUGGACCAAGGAUUGA